AUGAGCUCUUCAGGUACCUUCCGCAGUAGUGCAGUGAUCUCUACCAAGAAUGCACCAGCACCACUGCCCGUCUUCUCACAGGCCAUCAUUGCCAACAACAUUAUCUACGUCUCCGGCAAUGUGGGCAUGAACCCUGCCACCGGAAAGCUAGAAGAGGGGGUCAGCUCGCAGACUACCCAGAUUCUCAAGAACCUCAAGGCUAUUCUCGAGGCCGCAGGCUCCGGCCUCGGUAAGGUCAUCAAAGUCAACGUCUACGUCACUGAUAUGGGCAAAUUCGCUGAGAUGAACUCGGCCUAUCUGGGGGUCUUCGAAGAGCCCCAGCCGGCUCGCACCUGUGUUCAAGUGUCUGCCCUUCCUUUCGGGGCCCAGGUUGAGAUGGAAUGCCAAGCGCUGGUCUAA